AAUCUACGUAAUUUUAAUUUUUGUAGCCGUGGUAACGAAAACCGAAGAUGAGAAAAAUGAAAUAGAAGAUGAGAAAAAGGAAAAACGAAAACCCUAGCGAGCAAGUUAUUUUUCGAGAGUAGCUACUCCAAAAGCAUCAGAUUACUCGAGCAGAUAAGUAGCCAAUUUCUUUUAUUUCUUCCAAAGUUUGCCAGCUCCAUGGAAGCCACACUUCUCAGACCUCAACCUCAUUUCUACCUUCGAGGUGGGAAUUCUUCGUGCAAUUCCCAAUUUCACAAUACAAGAUUAUUCAGAAACCGUAUAUGUGCUAAACCAGUAUCUUUACAAUUAAGCAGAAAGCGGUUUUGUUCAUCAAGAGAGCAUGUAUUCUUGAAAGUAAACAAAGGGUUUUCGUUAUUGAGCUGUUUUGCGGAUAAUUCUGCAGCUGUUCGGGAUGCUUCCACAGAAUCAAUAAAUUAUGAAAAGUUUAUUGAUACAUCAGGGAGCGGCCAAAGGGCUUUCAAUCUGAAUGGUUUCGAAAAUUCAGCAGCUUUGGAGCUGAAGCCCGAGCCGUUCAGGAAUCGAUUUUUGAAUUUUGUACGGAUUGGAACAAUACUCAACAAUGCUUUGGAAUCCUUUUUCAAGAGUGAAAUACGGACAAGGCUGUUUGUGACUGCUGUCUUGUUAUUUGUGAGUCGUCUCGGCUACUUUAUUCCCUUACCAGGAUUUGACAGGAGGUUAAUGCCUGAAAAUUAUCUCAACUUUCUCUCCGGUUCUACUGAGGAGCUUGGUAAUCUCACACCGGAACUUGAGCUUUCUCUUUUUCAGCUCGGGCUUAGUCCUCAAAUAGCAGCAUCUAUCGUUAUGCAGAUCGCAUGUGUCCUUUUCCCUCCCUUAGUGAAGCUUCGGAAAGAAGGCUUAGAUGCUAAUGAGAAGAUCAAGAGAUAUAUAUGGUGGAUCUCGCUUGGCUUUGCAAUCACCCAGGCUCUUAUUCUCUCUUGUUAUUCACUUCCCUAUUCUAUAUAUGCAGCUAGCCACAGGGUAAAGCAUGUGAUUAUCACAACUUUGUUUCUGGUGUGUGGUGCAAUGACCAUGGGUUGGAUUUCUGACAAGAUAUCAGAGUCCGGAUUCGGUCAAGGAUCAUCUUUAAUCAUCUGUGUCAACAUCCUGACUGGCUAUACUGAUACAUUGUACAAGAUGUUAGCUCAGCUCUCAGGAAGUUCUGUGAGCUGGUGGCCAUAUGUCCUUGCAGUAGUAGGUGUUUUCACCAUAGUUACUAUGUGGGCAGUUGUUGUAACUGAGAGUUUCCGGAAGAUCAAGUUGCAAUAUUAUGGUUUCAAACUUGCUUCUGCCGCCAGAGAAUCUUCUCCUAUAACCGAGGUUGAGCCUUACCUUCCGUUCAACAUAAAUCCUGCUGGGAUGCAACCUGUACUCACUACUUCAUAUUUUUUGGCGUUUCCCAGCUUGGUUGCAAGUAUUUUUGGCUCACGCUUAUGGGAACACUUGAAAGAUAUCCUGAAUCCUGACACAUCCCGCGGCGCUGAUCCUUGGGUUUAUUAUUUGAUAUAUGCAUUCUGCGUCUUCAUCUUUAACAUAAUUGACAUAUCCAAUGUGCCAAAGGAGAUUGCUGAUUACUUGAAUAAGAUGGGUGCUAGAGUUCCAAAUAUAAAACCGGGAAAAGCCACGGUUGACUUCCUGACGAAGAUCCAAGCUUCGACACGUUUUUGGGGUGGUGUAUUGCUAAGUCUUUUGGCCACUACAUCAGUCCUCCUGGAUCACUAUUUACGCAGUAUCAAUGAAGGGUUUCCCAUUGGGUUCACUUCAAUCCUCAUCAUUGUGGGUUCGAUCAUUGAACUGCGACGAUCCUACCAAGCAUACAAUGUUAUGCCGAGUCUUGCUAAGGCGUUGCAGCGCUACGGAUCACGUUAAGGAGAAUGAUGAAAAUUCUUGAGCAGGUAAUGGAUGGUGAGGUGCCUGUUGUCGCAACUGGAUUAGAGUCAUCGACCGUUGAAACUGCGUAUUCUCGUUCGAGGGAACGAACACCGGCAUCUCCGGAGAAUGGCAGGUCAGUUUUUGAACUGUUUUGGGAGCUGUUGAUACAUAUGUAUUGUAUUGAUUCUUGAAUAUGUAGAUGUACAACUACUGAGGAGACAAAAAAAUUGUUAGGGUUAUAGAAAUAUGUGAUGCUAAAUACUUGUGAAGUUGUGAUUGUACAUUCAUUUAUAUACACAGUAGUUGUAAGAGUUCAA